AUGCCUAAAAUACGAGUAAGUUUAACAAUAUAUUAUCUAUAAACCAAGACCUGUUAACGUAUGACAAUUUCAAAAAAUUAAACGGUGUAAAAUAAGGCUUUUCAUCAUGUAAAACAUCAGUUUUGUGCUUUUUGGCUAAAGAACGUACGAUUUUAGGUUGUUCCACUGGGAGCAGGACAAGAUGUGGGAAGAUCGUGUAUUUUAUUGUCUAUGAACGGCAAGAACAUCAUGUUAGAUUGUGGUAUGCACAUGGGAUAUCAAGAUGAGCGAAGAUUUCCCGACUUUUCGUAAGUUAUUUUUGAUUUUUUUGUUGGUUUUUAGAUGCUACGGUUAAUACCACCUUGCGUUUGGAUUAAAAUUGGAGAGUUUAUUUUAAACGAAUAAAUAAAUGUUUUUUACGUGCAGACGUUUUAAGAGCUUUUUACGAAGAAAGUUAUAAAAUAUGUUGUUGUUAAGGGUUCUUGGUCAAAAAUCGUUCUAAAGUUGAUGUUAAUGAAGACAAACUGAUAUAGCUUUGUAAGACUAGGAAAAGCAGAAAUUUCUUAAGUUAUACACAAAACUAUGUAUAUCAAUAUUAACCUAAAACAAUAUUUUCAGAUAUAUUGGAGGAGGUGGCGAUUUGACAAGUUAUUUGGAUGCGGUUAUCAUUUCCCAUUUCCAUUUGGAUCAUUGUGGUGCUUUGCCACAUAUGACUGAAGUUUGCAAAUAUGAAGGAUCGAUUUAUAUGACACAUCCAACCAAAGCUAUCGUUCCUGUGUUGCUUGAAGAUUAUCGAAAGAUUCAGACUGAAGUCAGAGGUGAAACCAACUUUUUUACGAGUCAGAUGAUUAAGAAUUGUAUGAAGAAGGUAGUUUUUAAUUUUUUUUUGGUUUUUAGGGUGCUGAAUCCUUAUUAUUUUGAGCAAAAAUGAUGGAUAAUAUAUAGAAAAAAUAGAUGAGUUAUUUUUUGGAUUAGAAACAAAAUAUUUUUGAUGUUUAUGGGCUAUUUAGGUAGUAGAAGUUGGUUUACAUGAAGUUGUGGAGAUUGAUGAAGGAUUUUCUAUUCAAGCGUUUUAUGCUGGCCAUGUUUUGGGAGCAGCAAUGUUCCUUAUCAAAGUUGGAGAUCAAAGUGUUCUUUAUACAGGUAAGCCUUUUAAACGAAAAAAAAUAUAAGAAGAGAAUGGCAGUUCUGCCUAUUUAAACUUGUCUUAAAUACUUUUAUGUUUUGUAAAAUUGUUACGUUUAGAAGAAUAUUAUUUUUGGUAA